CCUCGAUAUGGCACGAAUAAUUUGUAUGUUAGUUAUAGUUUUAAUACACUUAGCCACUAGUGCUAGAAUUUUAAGUGUCAUACCAUCUGCCUCCAGGUCUCAUCACUUGCCAUUUCAACCGUUAUGGCGAGAACUAGCACUAAGAGGUCACGAGGUUACGGUAAUAACAACGGAUCCGCAACGAAAUGCCUCGAUAGAGAAUUUAAGGGAAAUAGAUACAAGCUUCUGUUACAAGAUAUACGAAAAACAUAAUGUGUUAGAUGCCAUAGCCAACGAAAGCCUUAGUUCUUUGGAGAAAGCUAGUGUUCUACGUAAAGCAUUCUUAGAAUGUGAGGAUUAUCAUUUUUCCUUACCGGCAAUCAGAGAAAUGAUACUUAAUAAAGAAGUUAAAUUUGAUCUUUUAAUUGUGGAAGCUCAAUUACCGAGUAUGUUAGCAUUCAGCUGGAGAUUUAAGUGCCCAGUUAUCGCUGUCGCUUCUAUGGAACCUGCUCUUCAGUACCACGAUUCCUUAGGUAAUCCAGUGCAUCCUGUUACUAACCCAGACUACAAUUUGGACGUGACUGAUUCUGAAAAUUUGACCUUUAAGGAAAGGCUGUUAAGCUUUCUUCAAGUUGUUAUAUAUAAGUACCAUAUCUACAACAGGGCAUUUCCAGCAUAUCACGAACACGUAAAGAAAUACUUUGGAAAGGAUUUGCCUUCGUUGAAGGAAUUGCAGGAUACUAUUAGUCUUAUGUUUAUUGGUUCUCAUCCUCUAUUCCAUAAUAUAAGACCUUUAAACUUAAACACCAUACCAAUUGGAGGAGGCAUGCAUAUUAAGGCUCCUAAGAAGCUUCCUGGUGAUCUUCAAAAAUUUCUGGAUGAUAGCAAAACUGGUGUCAUCUAUUUUAGUCUAGGAAGCAACGUUAAUUCCAAUUUGCUGACCAAAGAAUUCAAAAAAGCUGUAGUAGAAGCCUUUGCCGAAGUUCCUCAUAAGGUGCUGUUAAAAAUGGACGGUGAGAUAGAAGGGUUGUCUAAAAAUGUUAUGGUAAGAAAAUGGAUGCCACAGCAAGACAUUUUGAGACAUCCAAAUAUUAAAUUGUUUAUAACACAAGGAGGUCUUCAGUCUCUGCAAGAAUCUGUCGUCAAUGGUAUUCCACUAAUAGGAAUACCAUUUUUCGGAGAUCAAAUAACAAAUGUUAAUAAAAUGGUUAAAAAGGGAUAUGGCGUUAAGGUCGAUAGAAGGAGCAUAACCAAAGAAAUUUUAGUAGCAGCUAUUAAAGAAGUUAUAACGAAUCCAAGUUACAAAGAGACUGCAGAAGCCAUGGGGGAAAUAUUUAAGGACGAAGAAAUUCCUAGUCUCGAGCGAGCAGUCUAUUGGACCGAGUACGUCAUCAGGCAUAAAGGCGCCAAGCAUCUGCGCAGUCCUGGUAUAGGAAUGCCAGCUUGGAAAUACUAUAUGCUUGAUGUCAUGGGAUUCUUGGCAUUUGUUUUGUUAACGAUAAUCGUUGCAUUUUGUUUGAUUUUAAAAAGAUUAGUCAGGUGGUUAAAAUAUCUAGUGAAAGGAGAUACUAAAAAAUCAAGAAAGACGAAGAAAGAUUAGUUUUAAAGUUCUAAAAACUACAGUAUUAACUGAUUGACAGCAUUAUUACCAGCAUACAUCACUUUAAAUAUUUAGAAGUUUAAAGAAAAAAACAAGAGUUUCGCAAAAAAAAAUUCAAAGAUAUGAUAUUAUGUAAUACUUACAGCAAUUUAAACAGCACGACAACUGUACAACGUUUACUUUCUGUUUACGUUAGGUUAGGUUUAUUGCGAUGAAUCAAUAGUAAACAUAAGCAUUAUUGUAAAUGACUGGGCUGCGUUGAUGCGAUGGGACCAACACAUUUUUUGUUAUACGGUGGAGCAUAGCAGUCAUCAUCAUCAUCAUCAUCUUUGGCUUUACAACCCUGGCUGGGUCUUAGCAUGUUCAAGAAUUAUUCUCCAUUCCCCGCUAUGUUUCGCCCUGACUUUCCAAUUUCUGACCACUGGAUUCCUCAAGUCAUCUUCGACUUGAGUUUUAAAUCUAGAUUUUGGCCUACCUCUCUUCUGGUUCCUAUUGGGUCUUGAUAUAAUAUCUGUAUUUGGGGGUUUCCAGUGUCCAUUCUUUCAAGGUGUCCUAGCCACCUUGGUCUAUUAUUUUAAUAGACCGGACGAUGUUGCAUUUUUCAUGCCAUUGAUAUAACUCAAAAUUGUAGCGCCUGCAUCAUAUCCCGCUUUCUUGUACUCAUCCGUAUAUGUGCGUAAGUAUUCUUCUUUCAAAGCGGCCUAAAAGUUCUUCGUCGCUUUUUACCAUAGUCCAUGUCGCUGACGCGUAUUUCACGACAGGUUUAAUAACAGUUUCAUAUAUUAGUAUCUUGGUUUUUUUGCUAAUUAUGUGUGAUGUUAAGAACUGCUUUAGUUCAAAGUAAGCUCUGUUUGCUAUGUAUAUUCUUCUCUUAAUUUCUACGCUUACUAGGUUGCUGUUAUUUAGUUGUGUUCCAAGAUAUAUAAACUCCGAGAGACCUUCGAAUGUGUGUGAUUCUGUCACCAGACAGUCUUGUGGUGCCGCUAUUUGUGUGCUGUUCGCGACCUUCAUAUAUUUUAUUUUGAAUACGUUGACCUGCAGUCCCAUUAUCUUCGCAGCUUUUUCUAAUGUUUCAAAAGCCUGUAUCAGGUCUCUUUUUGUUCGUGUAACUAUGUCAAUGUCAUCUGCGUAGACCAAUAUCUGUACACUUCUAUUGAUGAUCAUACCUCUGGUUGUUAUGCCCAAUUUUUCUAUGGCUCUAUCUAGUGCGAUGUUAAACAAUAGGCAGGAUAGGCUGUCUCCCUGGCGUAAUCUAGUAUUUAUUUGAAAAGACCUUGACACUCUGUUUUGUACCUUAACUUUGCACUCAACUUUCGAAAGACUUGCCUUUACCAAUGUUAUUAGAUGCGACGGAAUAUCUAGGUCUGCCAUGGCAAUAUAAAGUGCGCUUCUGUCUUUAUUGUCAUAAGCGCUUUUAAAAUCUAUGAAGAGGUGGUGGGUAUCAAUUCCAUAUCCAUAUGUCUUUUCUUAGGAACGUAGGAGUACCUUUUUUAAAAGAGACGAUUGACUCACAGAGGCAUUGACUUAAAACAUAGUACACCAAAAAAAGUGUAUGCAAAAACGCCCCGUUUUCUUCGACAUAUGUAUAUAUCCCCUAAAUGGAUAGAAUGUCACUAUGGAUAACAUAUAAAAAAAGGGUAAACAGCUAUUAAAAAAAAGCCGUUCCAGAACGAUUGCAAAUGUCUAUAUUGUACAAAAUAUUCUUCAUGUAGCAGCUGUUGCUAAGAAGUUUUCCGAAUUUGUUUUAAUAAAUUCAACAUAUAGUUAAUUACACUGGUGGAAAUAUUUUUUUAAAUUUUGUAAGUCAAUCAUUUGUUAUUAUUGUAGAAUAAUAUAUGUUGUACAUGUACUGAUAUUAUUUAUUAAAAUACUUUUUGUA